AUGAUGAGCGGAAGCACUCCCCAGUUGUGUCAGGUAAAAACUCAUCAUUACAGGUAUGGCAAUGGGCGCCAUCUCCACUUUCAACUACCCUGCAGAAGCCUAAUUCAGAAGGAAUACAAUUAUUAUUUGUAUCUGGUAAGUGAUAAGAUUCGCAGCUGUCACAUAAGUCACCUACAUAGCCAUCAUAACAGUCUUGGCAUUUAG